UUUUGUAAUUAAUGUGGCCAUAGAGGAAAGCCUCAGAAUGAUGUUUGCUUCCAAAUCAUCUAGGUUGUGUUAAAAAUAUGCUUCUCUAAAUCUGAUGAAAGUAGCAAUAUGUUGCUGAACAAAAACCAAUUUUCUAGAUCCAGAUAAAUUAUUAAGAUACAAAAAUAAAAUCUACCCUUGAGUGCUGCAUAGAUAUUGGUAGGAAGACUCAGAGAAGUAAAUUAAUUUAAUUUUUAGUCUAUUCUAUGAACCACAAUGAAACAUGGAAUGCAGGCUUCUGCCUUGAAAGUGCCAGCCCCACCAGACAUAUAAGGGCUUUAAUUCAGGUCAGCUCCAAAUCUCUCCAGUUCAUUUUGAAUGUUAUUUUACUCAAGACUCAGGUACUACCUGUUAAAUUCACAACAACCACAAUAAAUUAUGCUAAUUUGGACUAAAGCACCCCUCAUUCAGAGUAGAAGUAUCCACCUGCAGAAUUAGUCAUAAAGAAUGCAUUCUGAUUAUAAAAAGAACAUCCAUUUUGGAAUAAACCUCUCAUGAAGGGAAGACACACCUGCAAAGAGGUUGAAGGUGGAGUGAACUAGUGCAGUUGAAAUGCUGACGGUCCCUGAAGAAGACGGAGUUUGAAGUGUUUAAAGAGCGAAUGCCCAAGCUCGCAGCGGGAGAGCCCGUGCUUGGCUGUGCUGCGGGUCCUCGCUGUGUCUCCAACAGAGGCUGUCUUGCUCGGGAGCGAAGUGGUUGUAAGUGACACUAAGGGAAGAAAGGUGGGAAUCUAGGUUGUGUACAUAGGUCCAAUUUCUCUUUCAGGGCAGUCCGUGAACACACUUCCAGGCCGUGGGAACCCUCUCUAUCAUCUUAAAUACGAGCAUUACUUAGUCCGGGGGGUGCAUGAGUCUCGUGUGUGUCCUUGGGCCAGCUGCAAGGGAAGACAGAGAGAGGGGAACGACCCAGUUAGAUGAUGAAUUCAUCUUGUCCUGGUGAAUACUAAUGCCUGAGAAUUUAUAGAUGAAUGUGUUCGUGUCUGAAGCAACUGCCUUGUGAAUUUGCUGAUCGUGCAGGAGCGGUAUGCAAAACGGGAGGAGGAGGAGGCAAGGAAGGGAGGGUGGCUCUAGGACCCGUACGAGCCUUCCCGAGCAGGAGGUGGGAAUUUUCCUCCAAGGCAGCAGGAGCUCGAGCCCGGUCUCAGAGCUCCAGCGGAGCCCGCAGGAAGAGCUUGGCACGUCCCCUCCGCAGCCGCGCACCCGGCUGGGACCAGCCCGCAUCCCGCAGAGCUAUGAACCGGCUACCACGGCUGCUGCUGUGGGUCACCACAGUGGCUGUUGUCUUCUGCUCUGGAUCACAUGAAGAAAACUCUUCUUCACCAAAUCCAACUCAGAAGUUCUCCCUGAUAAAAAAUAGGAUGGUUUCAUUGCAUCAGCCCUCUACACCAGAAAUCUCUUGUGUCAUGGGCUCAAGCUGUUCAUGGGUGACGUCCACAGACAGUUUUGGAAAGCCAGACUGGGUGUUAUCUUCCAUUGGUGUCCUGGCAUCGCAGGAGAGGCAACAGAUGCUUCUGGAAAACAGUUCCUCCCAUGGAGAGGUUGAAGGGGACAUUUUCCUCCUGAACACCAGUAGAGCCCCAGAUAGAUGUGAGUUCAGCCUGCAAAGCCCCCUCCUGCCUGGGAGCUUGGAUUCUUGCUUGCUGGAGCUGGCCAUAUGUUCACAGGACGCUGUUCCUCUUCUCCAGAGAUUCACAGUUGAAAUCAAAUAUGCAGAGACAAGCAAAAAUACAGUAACUUCUCUGAGAGCUGGCCAUGAGGAGAAUGCCGGGAUGAAAUGGAAACACCUGGUGGCCCAGAUUGGACAAAUAGAAAGACCUUUCAAAAUCACCCUGGUGUAUUCAAACUGUGGAGCACAGGAGGUUGGAGUACUGGCAGUGGGCUCCUUGCAACUCAGGAACUGCUUUCAUGAUAAAGAAAAUCAAGACCUUUUUGUAUAUGACAAAGGCUCAGCCUUCCCCUGCUUUCAUGGAGGCUGUGUCAGCCACCUACAGAUCUGUGAGUUCAUCAGUGAUUGCCCUACCAAAGAGGAAGGAGUGAGGUGUGACAGUCUCCCAGAGGGUUCACAUUGCUCAUUUGAAGAAGGUCUGUGUGGCUGGACACUGAAUGAAACUGCAGCAUCUCCUUGGUCUAUUCGGGGCUUUUCUGAAAUGAUUCAAGAGGACUCAUUUGUAGGGUCUACUUUGCAAGUCACUGGUGGACAUUUUCUUUACCUGCGAGCAGACAGCACUCAGACAAGUGGUAUGGCUAAGGCUUGCAGUACCAGCUUGCCAGCCAGUCUUGCCACUGAAGACUACCAGAUUCAAUUUUCAGUGCAUGUUUUUGGAAGCUACAACGGUACAGUCUCCUUCUCUCUCAGGGAAGAGAUAAAGGGAGCUCCAAUCACCUUGCCAAUGUGGGAAAGGGCAGGGAGCUGGAGCGACCACUGGUUUCUCAUCACCUUACCAAUGCCAGUGCUUCAGAACCGGUUUCAGCUGGAACUCCUGGCAACCUGGGGCUGGAAUUCCCAAGCUGACAUUGCUAUCGACAACAUUACAUUUGGCCUGGACUGCUUCACUGACGGAAGAAAACUGAAUCAUUUUGGUGGGAAACGCCAGUACCCACGUGAGAUUAGUAUCCUGGAUGAACAUCUUCUGAACCCCCUGGAAGAGCCCUCCCUCCCAGGGGACACAACUGUUGUUCUGUGGUGGUUCUCAACAUGUGGUGCCAGUGGUCCCCAUGGGCCAACUCAAGCUCAGUGUGACAGUGCCUACAAGAACAGCAAUGUGUCAGUGACUGUGGAGAAGGAGGGCAGGCUCCGGGGAGUGCAAGUCUGGAGAGUGCCAGCCACAAACAGAUACAGGAUUUCUGCCUAUGGAGCAGCCGGGGGAAAGGGAGCCAAAAACCACAAUAAGAGGUCCCACGGGGUCUUCAUCUCAGCCACCUUCCACCUGGAGAAAGAUGAGCUGCUGUACAUCUUAGUGGGGCAGCAGGGGGAGGAUGCCUGCCCUGGGGGCAAUCCUGAAACCCAGAAGAUCUGCUUAGGGGAGUCAUCUCUCAUUGAAGAAGAUUACAAAAAAAAAAGGGACCUGAAGGAAUGGGCUGGAGGAGGUGGGGGUGGAGGAGGAGCAACCUACAUCUUUAGACAGAAGGAUGGGAUUUUCGAACCUUUGCUCAUCGCAGCAGGAGGAGGAGGAAAAGCCUACCUGAAGGCUCAGGACAACUCCCUGGAUGAUGUACCCCUGGAGCAAUUUGAGAACAGCACCGCAGUACCUGGAGUCAGUGGGAGGACUGGGGCAGCAGGUGGAGGUGGUGGCUGGCAAGAUGAGAGUCUGCUUCCUCAGGCUGGGAAGUCCCUUCUGGAAGGUGCAGAAGGAGGUCAAGCUUGUCCCCAAGCACUAGCCAAACUCCAGUGGACCACCUCUGGUGGUUUUGGUGGAGGAGGAGGAGCUUGUACUUCUGGGGGAGGAGGUGGAGGGUACAGAGGGGGACAUGCCUCUGAUAGCGAUGAUAUCACAGCUGGUGGGCAGGAUGGCAUCUCUUUUGUGAACCCCAUAGGAGAGAUCUUCUUGCAUCCCUUAGCAGCCAUGGAGAGUCAUGGGGAGGUGGAGGUUCAGAUCUAUCUUAACUGCAGCCACUGCCACUCAGACAACUGCAAGCGGGACCCUGACACCAACCUGCCAGUGUGCCAGUGUGAGAUGGGAGCUGUGCUGGCCAAUGACAAUGUCACCUGCACUGUGCCCCAAGGUCCUACACCAGAGGGACAGCUGCCUCUCCCCCUCCUCUUAGCUGUGGUGUCUGUGAUUGUGGUGCUUGGAAUGAUCCUCACCUGUGGCAGCCUGUCCAUCAUUUAUCACCUGAAGAAGCAGCAGCUGGAAGGAUCCAGAGCACGACUGCAGAGCCCAGAGUAUAAACUGAGCAAAAUCCGCACAUCUGUCAUCAUGACCGAUUACAACCCCAACUACUGCUUUGCAGGGAAGGCCGCCACUCUGAGUGAGCUGAAGGAGAUCCCACGGAAGAACAUCUCUCUGCUUCGGGCACUAGGACAUGGUGCAUUUGGUGAGGUUUAUGAGGGAACUGUGGUAGGCAUUGCAGGGGACCCCAACCCUCUACAAGUGGCUAUCAAGACCCUGCCAGAAGUCUGCUCUGAGCAGGAUGAGAUGGAUUUCCUGAUGGAAGCAUUGAUUAUCAGUAAGUUCAAUCACCAAAAUAUUGUGCAGUGCAUCGGUGUCAGCCUACAGACACUGCCUCGCUUCAUUCUGCUGGAGCUCAUGGCUGGAGGAGACAUGAAGAGUUUCCUUCGGCAGAACCGACCCAGGAUGAAUCAGCCAUCCACACUAACAAUGCAGGACCUGCUGAAUAUAGCUAGGGAUAUUGCCUGCGGCUGUAAAUACCUGGAAGAGAAUCAUUUCAUCCACAGAGAUAUAGCUGCAAGGAAUUGCCUUUUGACCUGUACUGGAGCAGGCCGAAUAGCCAAAAUUGGUGACUUUGGAAUGGCCAGAGAUAUUUACAGAGCAAGUUACUACCGCAAGGGAGGAAGAGCCAUGCUUCCUGUCAAGUGGAUGCCACCAGAAGCUUUUCUAGAGGGCAUUUUCACCUCCAAGACUGAUACCUGGUCCUUUGGAGUGCUGCUUUGGGAGAUUUUCUCUCUAGGCUACAUGCCCUACCCUUGCAAAACCAACCAGGAAGUGCUGGAAUUUGUCACCAGUGGAGGAAGAAUGGAUCCACCAAAAAACUGUCCAGGGCCAGUGUACCGGAUCAUGACACAAUGCUGGCAGCACAGUCCAGAGUAUCGGCCAAACUUCUCUACCAUCCUGGAAAGGAUCAAGUACUGCACCCAGGACCCUGAUGUGAUCAACACUGAGCUGCCCAUGGAAUGUAGCCCUGCACCAGAGGAUGAAGGGAGUAUGGUCAUGCGCCCAAACAUUUCCAGUGGGAUAGUGCCACUACUGGUAAGCCCUUCUCUCACCCCUCAGACAACACCUAAGACACUGGAAUCCCCCCAUGCUGGGCACAAACUUGUACAAUGUCCACAAGAGCUACUGGUGGAGAACCUGAGUAACCGGACUGCCCGAGGGCCCAGCCUGCCAUGCCUCAGUGAUUUCAACAGUGGGUCGUGGUUCCAGCAGACCUCAAACCAGAAGCUGGAGCUCAGCAACCCAUCCACCCACAGACUUAAAAACAAAACAAAAAAUCUUUGGAACCCAACAUAUGGAUCAUGGGUGCUAGAGAAUAUCUGUCACUUCAGCCCCAGCUCCAAGUUCAAAGCAAAUCCAGAGCGGGAAGAUUCAGGCUUUGAUGGGAAUUGCAGUUCUCCUAGCUCUCGGGCAUCUCCAGCAUCUCCAAGUCAAAGUAACUGCCCUCACCUGGAUAUCAGUGGGAUUGAACUGGUGAAACUUCAGACUUUCCCCUGUGGCAAUGUAAAUUAUGCUUAUGAUGACCUGUGCUAUAAUUCUGAGAACCAGCCAUCAGCCUUGGCAGAGAUCAGAACAGCUGUGCUAAGGAGCUCCAGUCUGCACAGAGAUGAAAAGCCUUUUUGUAAAAAAGAGAAAACAUCAAGAGAGAGAGACUCUGGUCUGUCUUUGUCAGAUGACCUGAGUGUUACUCCAGUAUAGUAGAAAUGGUUCUUCGAAAGGUCAGGGAAUGUGUGUGUCUGGAAGGACUGCUUCCUGUUUCACAAACUUCCUCCACUUUAGUUCCAUCAGAUGGGUGAAGUUUCAACAUCAGCAAUGUUCUGCUUCCUCUGUCUACCUGCUGGAUCCCACAUUGUUAAAGACACUUGCAUUUCUAUAUCUGUCCUUCAAAUGUGUUCCACUGAACCAGCUUAGAAGUGGAGAACAACAGCAUGGUUUGUGUGAUUCAGAAUAGAGUCUUAAGGAAAGAACUCCUUUUCAAUCUGCUCAGGUGAAAAGAAAUGGACCUACCAUCCAGCUGCAGUAUUUGAAUGGAAAUAAUGGCCAACACAGGUUGUGCUUCUUUUGAACCAAGGAUCUAAAAAUGUGUGCUGUGCCAGCAGCAAACAACAUGCAUAGGCUGCUACAUUCCUGAGAGCUUUUUACAGUCCUGGUGAAUUACUAAUGCUUAUGCACUAUAAGGGAGGUAAAAAAAAUAGCAGCCACAUUUGCAUCUGUUUUAUUAGUAGACCUUGUGGAUGCUAUUGCUCAAAUUGGAAGCAGUAGGAAGAAUGAAGAAAAAAAUCAGGCUCCUCUGAGCAUGUGCUUUGCAAACAAGCAAUGAAGAGGAAAACAUUUACCAUUUUAAAAAGCAGUAGCUGGUGGAGCUGAUAAUAUUCCUUUGAGUAGUAAAGGAAAUGUGCUGCUUGCCUCAUGGUGUUGCUUUCCUCACAGCUCCUGGCAUUGAAGGGGCAGGUGGUUUUUCAAGGAAGAGUGAGCUGCAUGGUGUGAUGAGAAAUGGACUGUCUUUAUCUUUUAAUGGACUUUACUUAAAAUGAACUUCAUUUUUGUAAGUACUUUGAUAUUCAGCAUUAAUUCUCUGUGCUGUGUUGGUAAGAACUUAGCUGAGGUUCUUGGACAACUAUCUAGCAUUUGGUAUGAUGGAGUUCUUGGUUUUAAUACUCUGAGGUAGAAAGUAAUGCAAAGGAGAGGAAUAGUGAAGGGAAAUCUAAUGCAAACCCCACUUAGGAUGUCCUUUUUACAGGAAAGUAGAAUAGCUCAACCAUUUGAGAAAGCUAAAGCCAUGACUUGGCUUCACACAGCUGAGCAGGUAAUAAUUGUUCCUUGCCUUGCAAGUGCAGGCUUGCCUAUAAAGGUAGUCAUUUGUUUCCAAGACAGCUCAUUCCUAAGGCUUUCUUCAGUUGUUUAGGAUCUAAAGUCAUGUUUACGGAUUAAAGCUGCAAAAUAAGGAGACUGAAAAGGCAAAUAAUUUGGAUUAAGUCUGAACAAUCUUGGAAGCAUUCUGUUCUUGUACCACUCCUGAAUGUCACCUACAGUGUGACCUACAGUGGCAAAUUACAUACUGUCUUUGUGUGUAAUCAAGUUGUGUAGUGAGAUGCCAGUUGUAGACUUCUCCAGUUCCCUUCUGAGGCAAGAGGUUCUCUGGUAUAUGCUUUAUGCUUAGUGAUCAGCUGCAUGUACAAUCUGAAGGUGCAGGCUAGCAGGUGAUGGCUUCCUUUGACCACAGACUUCCUGUCCUUUACAUAGUCAAGGUGGACACUACUGAGCUGUGGUAAAGAAAAUCAGAGAGUGGAGUGAAUCCAAUCUCAGUGAAAGGCAUCUUCAGUACAGGUUUAUCCUUUAUUGGUCUGACUUUCUAUCUGUUCCACACUUUGUAUAGUUUUAGGCCUUUCACUUUAGAAUGGACAGUUUUAUACAAUGUCAAUUCAGAGCAUACAAAUAUUUUAAGAGCAGGUGUCAAGAGGACGGAGCAGACUCAUUUCAGUGGUACCCAGCAACAGGACAAGGGACAACAGGCACAAACUGAAACAUAGGACAUUCUUCCUGAGUGUGAGAAAAAACCCUUGUUUACUUUGAGAGUGACAGAGCACUGAAACAAGUAGCCCAGAGAGGCCGUGUAGUCUCCCACUCUGGAGACACUCAAAACCCACCCAGACAUGAUCCUGUGCAACCUGCUGUAGGAGAACCUACUUGAGCAGAGAGGUUGGACUUGGACUAGAUGAUCUUUGGAGGUCCCUUUUCACACCAAUCCUUCCAUGAUUUCCAGACAUAAAAGGUGAUGAUUGUCACCUAUAAGCAAAGACCCAUAUGGUGUGGAAAUAUUUCUAAAUCCAUGGUGUUGUAAAAUGACAGAUGGUCAGAAGAGAGGGGUCCCUCUGUGUGGGGCAAAUUUCAGUAGAAGUGUGGGGACUGAUGGGUUUAGUGACCAAGGACUGAUGGGUUUAGUGACCAAGGGAGAUGAUGACCUUGCCUCAUGCCCUUCCUCCCAUUUCACCUUUGCUUUAGCUCUGUAGCUUCUCUCACAUUUAGUUCAUUGCCUGUCCUGUCUUUUAUCCAGGAGUUGCUACAGCCCAGUUAGAUGAGGCAGAAGAGCCCAUUUAGCAGGAAACUUUCUCAUUCUUUCCUCUUGAAAAGGCUAACAUUUUUGGUCAUAUUUCAGACUGACUGCCUCUGGACCAUGCUAGUCAAAAAUAAAUGCAUUUACUUUUAACUAAUUUGAAUUUCAUCAGUUUGUCCUUACCUUUCAGAUUGUAUUACUUUUAUGGUUCAUACAUGAGUAGAUUUUUUUCCCCCCAAAAGAUGACCUAUCAAACUUUCCAGUAAUUGUGACUUGGUGCCAGCGACUUGGCCCCUUCCUCCCUGACUAUAAGGCCACAGCAGAGUGCAGUGAUUGUGGUUCACCUGCAGUGGACGUGAUGCCAGCUCACUCUUCAGCCCUUGUCUGUCCUGAGCAGAGCACUGGUGGUCAUGGCCAUGCUUUUGCAGGCCCAUUAUGACUCUGCUUUCAAUUCUCCUUAGCCAUUAGCAGGGGCUGGAAACUGGUGGCAAUAGGAGUGAAAUACUGGCUUGUUCAGAAGCCAUGGGAAGUUAACUGUGCUACCUUCUCUUUCCAGAGACUUUUAAUGAAGCAGCAGACAGAAGACACUUCAUAUUUUUAAAUGACUAUAAAAUACCCCAAGAUUCCAGUGAGAAGCAGGUGUGAUCUCUACUGUCCAGACAGCUACCCAGCUUGAGCUACCACUGUUUUCCCUGUGAAGCAAUUGCCUCAACAUAACUCACACAUUUAGAAAGGCCAGUAGUGAUAAAACCAGGGAAGCUAUUGAAAAGUGAAGUGAGAGGAGAGCAGAGUUCUAUUACCAGUGCCAGGGGCAGUCUUGGCUGCAGCUAUGCCUUCAUUUUAUAAAUAAAGUGCAAGUCCAGCACAUCUUACAAAUACCUGAUUUUACUGAAUAGCUGCACCAAAGUACCCAUUUACAGGAAGCACAUAGACAAAGCUGCACUGAGACUGAACAGACUUCUAUCCUGACCAGGAUCUUGUCCCUAAGGAGUGAUCAAGAGUGGGAUGUUGAAGAGCAGCUGUAAGAGUAGAGUAAGCAUAUAUUGAUUAUUUAUUUCCAAAACAGACUCUGAUGGUUUAAACAGCAUUUAACUCUGGGCUGCACUGAGCCAGAUGCAGUCUUUUCUAAAAAGACAAGACAUAGAGAUGCAGGUACCAAAUGGGCACUAAAAGAAAGAGCUGGGAAUUUUAAAAGAAUCUGCAUUAGCAACCUCAAUGCUCUUAACUCUCCCAAAUGGAAUGAUCUUCUGUCAGCAUAUUGCUUUGAAUCUUUGACCUGUAACAAUCUUUUUUUAGAUGCUGUUUAAAAACCCUCACAGAUAAUGAAUUUUUAAUUAAUAUCCUGGAGGAAAUAAUAUUUGUCCUGUUGUGAAGUUGAAUGUACAUACUGUACAAACCAUUUUAUCUCAAAAGAAAAAAACACAAUUGCAGUGAUACACACUGCAACCUUCAGUCCUUCAAUUCUGAGACUGAAAAUUACUGUUUGUACAAUCGGAGAUUUCAUAGUGCUCAACUGCUAGCACUGCAAAACGUAACUUGUGUGAAACUGCUUUUUAUUAAGGAGACAUUUUUAGUGCAUCACCAAUUAGUUAAACCCAUAGUGUCAAAAUUAGAUUAAUUUGGAAACUGGAAGACAAAACCUAAUUUUGUUUCCUAGAGGAAUGACAUGAGCUGGAGAUUUGGGAUUAAUUCAGUCCUAUAAUCCAUGUGAAGUCUUCCACUACUUCCUUACUGCAGAAUUAGCCAUUUAUAGGGUUGUUAUAAAUUGCUUUUCCUGAUAGAUGUCUGUCUUUUAACAUUACUCAAUUGGUUUCGUAAUUGUAUGUAUAUAAUUGGUUUUUGACUGUGUUUAGCACUCUUUAUGUUGCUUCACACAACCUCGUACGUACAUUUUAAAGAAGGGACUGAUUAACAGAAGAUGAAACAAUAAUGGAAAUUUCAAUUUGUCUUUCUCUGCUUUUUCACAUUUGUUGAUAGUCCUGCUUCUCACUUCUUUGUAAUCCUUCUCUCUGCAAUAUAAAUGUUUUGCAUCUUCAUUUUUUCCUUUAAACAAACAGAAUUUUUAAUUGCACAGAUUUAAGGUGUCCUCCCUCAUAUCAACCCUAAGCUAAGUUCUCAGUUAAUUUGCCCAUGGGCUGGUGUGCACUAAGAAAGCUUUCCAAGGGUGCUAAAAUAGUUAUGAGUUUUUGCAAGUGUAACUUUACCUUCAAGACACUUUCCUGAAAGAGAAGAAAUUACUGCUGCUGGGAAUACUUUUUCCCCCACUGUAUUUGCAUCUCCACAGCUGUGUCAGAAAGGGACCAGACUUCCUUAGACCCUUGAGCUGUGUGAGACAGUUUCUCCUGUAGGUAUGGCUCUGCUCUCUCCUCCUGGCUGUCCACCCUUCUGAAUCUCAUGCAGAGACCUUACUGAUACCAUGCCUAACGUCUUCCCAUCACAUCACACAAAUGGAAAAGUCAUGUGAGUAGGUUUUGAUUUGUCAUCACCUCUGACCAAGGCAGCACUUCUGCCAACUUUCCUUUCUGGGUGACUACUGUACAUAAGUAGAUGACACGCCUGCUUCUAUGCAAUUUAAAGCUAGACAAGUGUAUACUUCUAUAUUUGCAACACAAAAUAAAGAGACACUAAUGGUGGAUAUUUGUUUCCCUCUCUUAUAAGUACUUUUUGCACAUUCUCUGUGGUAAGAAUACACUCUCUCUUGCUGAGAAGUGCUGCCAGUCCUAGAGUGUUGAGUGCUUCUUCCCCGUGUCCACACAAAACUGCCCAGGGGAACAGAUUAGUGCUCUGAGUCUGACAAGUGCCUCUUGGUGCACUUUUUUUUAAAAAUAUGCUGUAGGCUAUUCCACUGAGAUUUCCAAGACAGAGCUUACCUUGAAGGAAUUUGACAAGCUUUGGGUGAAUCACGUUGUAAAGGUAACACCAAUAGGUUUUGGAACCAAGCUCCACCAUUUGGCUUCUGGUUUUGCUUUAGGAAGUACCACAUGGUAAAGACUAAAAGCAGUGAAAGAUACUGUUUUUCUUCCUUCCCUAAAGAAAUUCUUGAAGAAAAUACAUUAUUCUCACAUGACCAAAUCACAGUAGAUGUCUUUUUUUCCUUCAGUCUGAUUUAUUUUGUAGCAUACACACUUCAGAGUAACAAACACUCAUCCAAUACAGUCAAUGUCAGCAUUGCAUUGUAGUGUUCAGAACGGAUGCAUGUGGAUGAUACAGGCCAUUUGAUCUCAGUACCUUAAGAAUAACAAAUAAUAACAACAGCAAUAAAAAAGUAGCAAAAGCCCUCUGAGAUACAUUGAAAUCUUUCCCUUUAACAGGAACUGGAUCAGACGCUAAGUGAAUACCUUCCUGUACAAAAUUUAGAGGGAUUUAGGUUUUACCGCUUUGGUUAAAUUUCAGCCAAAUUUAUAUCUCGAUGGGGCCUCAACAUCCAUAAUUUUUAAACUUAUCUGAUCUAUCUCUGUGAAUUUUUUCUAUAUUGCACCUUCCUCCAAAGAAUCUCACAGCAGCUUGCAGGCAGUAAUGAAGGAGAGCCUCACACCAUUGCCACGAGGUAAGUAGGUCUAUUCCCAUCUGUAAAACUGGAACAAAACAAUGCCUAGGAGAGUUGUCCAAGGCCAAAAAAACCCAAGUCAAUGAUGAAGCUGAGAGAGAGAAGUCCUAGUCCUACUUCUUGAUUCACACAGGAAUGCAGCAGCUACAGCACUACUGCAUCUAACUGGUGGGUUUAAGGACCUUGGAGCCUAAGUCAGAGGUCAAGUGUUCAGCACCAAAGCGCCUCUAGGCCAGCAUCUCUGACCCUGCUGUGGAAUCACACGUACUCAGUGUCUCCAGAGUGAGGCACUCUCUCAGCAGAUGCACCAAUGAAUGACAUUCUGCACUUGCAUGUGAACAAAUUCCUUGGUUACCAUGCAUCACCUCCCCCUGUGUUAUACGCCUGUGUACAUGCACCAUGUUGACCCUCUGGUAAAUAUAGGCUUAUUCAACACAACUUACCCCAUAGUGAAAGAAGGCCAUGCUGCUUCCUCACACUAGCAAGUGAGUGUCCAUAGACAGGUGCCCUGGGCCACCUGAUGAGAAACAAGGAACCUACAACUUACCCUGGGGCAGUUUGCUCCUGAGCACACAGCCUCAGCUCCUUAGAGCUCCAGUGCUCAGCUGAAGUCCUACACUUGCAGUUUGCUAUGAAAAGUUGCCUCCUUCUCUCUUUCCCCAUAACAGCAACAGAUGAUUGUGAUUUCUUUCUUUCUAAUCCCCUAGCAAGACAAAGAUCCAUUUCAAAACUAACUUCCUAGAACUUAUAUCAUCUAGAAUGAGUUUCCAGACCAGUGUCUGCUAUAGCAGAGAUUUUCCUUUUUCCCUGACCUUUCCAGCUACUGCAGUGGAACAAAGCUUCUCCAUGUUUUCUCCCAGGACCAUGUACUGCAAAACCAGCCAGGUGCUACCAGGAGCUGUUUUCUUUGAACCUACUGAUAACACAUUGCUCCAGUUCUCCCUUAGAACUGGACAGUCAUUCUAAAAGUUUGUCUUAAACUCUCAACUGACAUUUGAGCACCAACCUCUACUGUUUAGAUCUCCCCUCCAGAAAAUAGGUUACAUUGGUGCAAAAGAUCCACACAUGUGGUAAUAGAAGAAAGAAAUUUAACUCUGAAGAUUAAUAAGGCAAACCACUAAUUGAAUUCUGUCUUUAUCUUAUUUCAAACUUUAGUAAUUCUUUUUAGUUAUGGUAGGACAGCUUGCAAUUGCAGUCUCAUGAAAAAGGCAAUGUCAUUGCCUAUGAGACCUAUUUACAUGCUAUUGUCCUCGGGCAUUGCUAUUCUCCUUAGGCACUGCUAUCCCAUGGUUUACCUGCUGGCUGCAGAAAAGGUGAAAUACCUUUUUUUUUUAACUGUAGGGAAUUCACUUCAGAUUCAUUUGUCAUCUCACAGCAGUUCAAAAGUUAGGAGGCAUCUGGAAUGAUUUAAUCUGUGCUGUCAUUUCAGAAAAACCUAAUGUAAACACUCUGAAACUUCUAAGAGAAAAAUUCCUUAACAUACUACCAUGAAUAUAAAACAGAGAAACUCUGGGAGGCCACAGAAGUUGUCUGAAUUUGCAGUGAACUACAAAAGUAAUUGCCAGUUUCAGAAAACUUCUGGUUUAAGAUGAAAUAUUUCCACAUGUCAUUACUUCCUACAGAAUACCUACUCUAUGUCAUCUAACUUUUACAUCACAACUGAGCUUCAAUUUUCAAUACUCCUGUUUUGUUUAGAGUUUAUGAAAAAGUAAUUAAAUCUGACUGAUCUUUUAGUAGGCAACACACUUUAGUGUGUUACCCAAAAUAACUCCUUUUAGAAAUUAUUUAAGGCUGUCCAACUUUAACUACAAAUAUUGCAGAUUUCAUUCCAGAUCUGGACUCUAUAGGGGUUUUAUUUUGCUUAUGAUUUCAACUAUUAUUGAAACAGCAGUUUCCCAAAAGUGCAGUCACCUUCAUCCAAAGUUGUCAGACUCUUUCCUGAGCACAGGAAACCAACAAAAGACAGGAAUUUCUGAUCAAUGUGCAUUACUACCUCUAGAUAUUGAAAGGGCUUUAACCAUCAGCUGGUAAUGUAACUCUUACCUGCAUUGUGAAAACUACAUCACUACAUUAUUCACGUUAAAACCUGGCAUGUGAGUCAACAUGUGACUAAUGAUAGCAUUCAUAUUGUCAGCAUGUAAAAAAAUUGUUCCAGUGACUAGAGGCAACCAACAGAGAAGGUAUGUGAAGCCACUG